AUGAGUUAUAGCUUGGAUCAUGGGCUUGGAUCUUGGGGAGGUGUCGGAUCGGCCUUAAUUCGACAAGGUGGCGUUGCUGUUUCAUGUAGUGUCCACGCCUCACUAGCUCUCACCCAUGAUGGGCCGCUUAUGACAUCUGAAAUCGAGGCAUGCUCAUCUAUCACACAGAUGGAAAUCAACGAUGUGACGGAUCUUUUGAAUCGCUUAUUCGAGAAUGAAGCGCUUUUUCCGCGUAAAACUCUGAUUAUAAAAGGAACAGAAGAAACUAUUCCAAUGACAUGGGAGCUCACAUUUCGAAUACAGAAAGCACCGCUGGAUCUGGCAACUUUUCCCGUUGCUAUAACAUUCUAUAUCUUUCGGAGUGCAAAACAGGACAAGGUAAGCUACAUGUUCAUUAUUGCAAUCAUUUUUUUCUGUACUCCAUCAAUUUACUACAGAUUAUCGUUGAGGAUGUCCACAGAAGUGGAAGACAUCCUGAAAAAUGCGCAAACAACAGCAGCCAAACAAUCUAUGUUUGCGGAAGAUUUGGAAAACUUGUCUUUGCUAGAGGACAGCAGGGAUAGCUUCCUUACAGCUUUGGAUGACUCGCAGCCGGGGUAAGU